AUGUGCCCAAUCACUAGGGCUACUGCCCUUUCUCGUUACACGUGCCUAACAAUAAGCACCCUCUCUAGUGCGUGUCGCACCCAUCAAUACUGUACCCUACCAUCAAAUCUACCGCCUGCACUGGUCGCACCCAGAGUGUCUAAAAAUUUUCAUAAUCUAUUAUUCUUACUUCCUUUACCAGUACACAAGAUGCCAAAGAAGAGAGCUUCCAACGGUAGAAACAAGAAGGGCAGAGGUCACGUCAAGCCCGUGAGAUGCUUGAACUGCGCCAGAUGUGUGCCAAAGGACAAGGCCAUCAAGAGAGUCACCAUCAGAAACAUGGUUGAGGCUGCUGCCGUGAGAGACUUGUCGGAGGCUUCUGUCUACCAGGAGUACGCUUUGCCAAAGUUGUACAACAAGUUGCACUACUGUGUCUCUUGUGCCAUCCACGCCAGAAUCGUCAGAGUCAGAUCCAGAACCGACAGAAGAAUCAGAACUCCUCCUCAGAGAAAGAGAUUCUCUGCCGACAGAAAGGUUUCCCCUGCCGACGCUGCCAAGAAGGCCGCCUAA